AUGAGCCAAUCAAGACCUCCUCGAGAGUUUUGUAAACAAUGUGGAAGGAAUCAUUUAGGUGCAUGUCGGUUUGGGACAAAUGCUUGUUUUUGGUGUGGAACACCAGGUCAUAUGAUGAAAAAUUGCCCUCAUAGAAGUGUGGGUGGUGUGGCACAACCUACUAGGUCAGUUGUUGCAUCCUCAUCAUCAGCACCUUCUUUAGGUAGAGGACAGAUGCCUACUGGUCGUGGUAGAGGAGCUAGGGGAGCAGCUAGUUCUAGUGGAGUUCAGAAUCGCACAUAUGCUCUCGGGGAUCGACAAAAUUUGGAAGCCUCGCCGGAUGUGGUUACAGGUACAUUGUCCAUCUUUUCACAUAUUGUAUAUGUAUUAAUUGAUCCGGGGUCUACACUAUCAUAUGUUACUCCAUUGAUUGCUGAAAAGUUCAAAAGAACACCAGAAUUAUUAGUGAAGCCAUUUGAGGUGUCUACACCGAUUGGUGACUCUAUUAUAGCUAGAAGGGUUUAUCGUAAUUGCAUUGUAACUGUUUGUGAUCGUGAUACGUUGGCUGACCUUGUUGAGCUAGAAAUGGUGGAUUUCGAUGUUAUAAUGGGUAUGGAUUGGUUAGCUUCUUGUUAUGCCACGGUAGAUUGCCGAACGAAGACGCUGCAUUUCCAUUUUCCAAAAGAGGUCGUUCUUGAAUGGAAAGGUAAUAUUGGGACAUCAAGAGGUAAAUUUAUUUCCUAUUUUAAGGCAAAGAAGAUGAUGUCCAAAGGAUGCAUAUGUCAUCUAGUGAGAGUGAGAAAUAUAGAUGCGGAGCCACCAACUCUUCAAUCCAUUCCAGUGGUAAAUGAAUUUCUCGAUGUAUUUCCUGAAGAUCUUCCGGGUUUGCCUCCAGAACGAGAAAUAGAGUUUGGUAUUGAUGUGAUUCCAGAUACUCAACCUAUAUCCAUCCCUCCAUAUAGAAUGGCCUCGGCAGAAUUACGGGAGUUGAAGGAGCAAUUAAAAGACUUAUUAGAAAAAGGAUUCAUAAGGCCUAUCAUGUCAUUCGGGCUAACGAAUGCACCAGCAGUUUUUAUGGAUUUGAUGAAUAGGGUAUUCAAGCCAUUUUUAGAUGUGUUCGUGAUAGUAUUCAUAGAUGACAUUUCGGUGUAUUCAAGAUCAGAAGAGGACCAUGCUAAUCACCUGCGACAGGUGUUACAAAUUCUUCGUGAGCGUAAGUUGUAUGCAAAGUUCUCUAAAUGUGAGUUCUGGUUAAACUCAGUGGCAUUCCUAGGUCAUGUUGUAUCCGAUGAAGGAAUAAGGGUUGAUAAUCAGAAGAUAGAAGCGGUGAAAAACUGGCCAAGACCUACAACGCCUACGGAGAUCCGUAGUUUCCUUGGAUUGGCAGGUUAUUACAGAAGGUUCGUUGAAGGAUUCUCUUCCAUUGCUGCACCCUUAACAAAGCUAACACACAAAGAAACCAAGUUUCAGUGGAGUGAUGAAUGUGAAAGAAGCUUCCAAGAGCUGAGGAAUAAAUUAACUUCUACACCGGUAUUGGUACUUCCAGAAGGAACAGAAGGGUAUGCAGUCUAUUGUGAAGCUUCGGGGGUGGGCCUAGUAUGUGUUUUAAUGCAGCAUGGUAAGGUAAUAGCUUACGGCUCAAGGCAGCUGCGGCCACAUGAGAAAAAUUAUCCAACACAUGAUCUAGAACUAGCCGCAGUUCAAAAGGACCUAAAUCUAAGGCAGCGAAGAUGGCUGGAGCUAUUAAAAGAUUAUGACAUUGAUAUCUUGUAUCAUCCCGGGAAAGCAAAAUAG